UCUGCUAUACUAAAUGUUAUUUUAAUUAUUUUGUUUUAGGAUGAGUGGGAAAGAACACCAAUUGGUGCCAAUGUAAUCCCCAAUAUGAUUGUACCAGUAGUAAAUCCAAGGGACAGUAUUGUCUUAGAAAGAGAUGAAUUGCAGAAAAAAUAUUCAAAUUGUAUAGUUGCUAAAGAAAGUACUGCAAAAGAACCGCUAUCGGUAAAAUUUGAAAAUGAAGUACUUAAAUACCAUUACUCUAAACUUCAAGGACAACUCGAUAAAAAAAAAAUUUUAAUUCAAGAAUUAAAAAAUAAACGAUAUUGUGCAAAUCGACAAGUUGUAGAGUUAAACAAUAAAAUAAAAGAGGACGAAAGAAUAGCUCAUGCUAAAUAUUUAGAGUUGUUGAAUAAAUCUGGAGGUGAUAAACAUAGGUUAGGACUUGAAAUAAGGUCUCUUAAGGAUGAAAUUAAAAUUAUCAACAUUAAUUUAAGUACAAGUAAAUCAAUCGUUAAUGAAUUGAGAUCGGCUAUUGAAGUUCUGACUUAUGAUAGUUCAAUUUUAAAUAAAAGUAACAAAAUAGGCAUCAAAGCGAUUGCUGAAAAUGAAGAUCUGAAAAGUGAAUUGAGUCAAAUAAAAUUAAAAUUAGAACCUUAUAUUACGAUGUACCAAAAAUAUUUUAAAGAAAAUGAUCGUUUGAUAAAAGAUUAUCAAUCCUUAAACGAACAAUUUAAUUACGAACGGAAAAAUAGUUCUGCUAAAAUCUUCGAAUAUCAAAAAAUUAUAAACGAAGACAAACACGAAAUAAAUAAUCUAAAGGUCAAACUUAAAAGGUGUGAGAAAAUAAUGGAGAACACUAACUGCAGUAUACAAGAAACGAAAAUGGCCAAGAUCAUAGAAUCGAUGUCAUCGAAAAUGUUGAUAAACGAACGAGAAUUGAAGUAUAAUAGUUAUUAUGAAUAUGUAUGAUAAUUUUUAAGGU